GUUUUCACAACAUUCUCCAUUUGCUGUUUCCCUUUGCAGCCUCAGCCAUUUCUGUUUCAGAGUCAGAUCCUCACCAUGGGCUCUGCCUUCAGCCGUGCAGAUUCCAUCUGUGCAAGCAGGCAGAGCUUGGGGUGAGGGGCAGAGGGAAUCAGCCAAUUCCUGCCCCAGGCAAGAAGAGCCAGGAUUUUUCAUUCCCUGGGCGUGUCUGGAUGGAGGAGGAGGAAAAGCCCCGGAGAUGCUGCAGGAGGAGGAGCUGCAAACCCAGCCCAGGGAGCUGCGGGGAGGAAAGAGCCCCCCUGAGCCAGGAAGGCGGGCGGAGAUCCAGCCGGAGCUCGGAGCUGGUGGAGAAGUCUCAUGGCAGGGAGAAGCCCCACAAGUGCUUGGAAUGUGGGAAGGGUUUCAGCUGGAGCUCCAACCUGAUCCGGCACCAGAGGAUCCACACUGGGGAGAGGCCCUACGAGUGUGGGGAGUGUGGGAAGAGGUUUCGGACCAGCUCCGAUCUCCUCCUACAUGAGCGGAGUCACACAGAGGAGAGGCCCUUCCGCUGCCCCGACUGCGGGGAGGGCUUCAACCAAAACUCCCACCUCACCAGGCACCGGCGCAUCCACUCCGGGGAGGGGCCCUACCAGUGUGGGGAGUGUGGGAAGAGCUUCUCACAGAGCUCAAACUUGACCCAGCACCAACGGAGGCACCACUAAGGGAAGCCCUGUGAGUGCCCCAAGUGAGGGAAGAGCUUGGAGUGAGGGAAGAGAGUGAGGGAAGAGCUUGGAGUGAGGGAAGAGAGUGAGGGAAGAGCUUGGAGUGAGGGAAGAGAGUGAGGGAAGAGCUUGGAGUGAGGGA